AUGCAUUUCUCUCGUGUCCUCGCCGUGUCGGCUUCAUUCAUUGCCCUGGGUCUCGCCGUCGACCCUCUUGCUUUCACUAGCUGGCCCCAGGAUGUCGCUGCCGGCAAGCCCGUGACUCUUACCUGGGCUGGUGCCGUCCCUGGACAGCCUGUGACUCUGACCCUGCGCAAGGGAACCUCCACCCACCUCAAGGAUGUAGAGACCAUCACUAGCGAGGCCAAGGAUGGCACUUUCACCUGGACUCCUGGUGACAAUGUCAAGGAGGGCGAGACAUACGCUUUCCAGGUCUCCCAAGGUGGACAGGUCAACUACUCGGCUCUGUUGAAGGCCGGCGUUGGAGCCCCCAAGGCCGAGACCACUGGAGCAAAACACACCAACCAUGCCACUACCGAGGCCACCGCUGCCACCGCUGCCACUGGCACCACCACUGGCACCAACACCCAGACCACGAUGGGCACCGAGACACAGACAACCAGCAAGCCUCUGAUCAGCUCCUCAGCAUCCGGCUCCCCCUCCGGCAGUCCUUCCUCCUCGACUGUUGGCAGCACUAUGACCAAUGGUCCCAUGAUGACCGAAACCGACGUGAUGAAUGGCAAGGAGGCAUCUGAGACCGGAACCACGCAGAGUGGCAUGGCUUCCGUGCCCUCGUUGUCCCGCGAGAUUGUGCUGGGAGCUCUGGGUCUGUUUGUCUACCUUGUUCAGUAG